CUCGAGUCUGCCGUCCGCACCGCGCCGCCUCUCCCAAGGGACCCAGCAAACUUCCUACGACCGCGCGAAACUUUCCCAAAUAACAUUCCUUUAAAAUAAUCACCAGAAAAUAGAAAAAUAAGCUCGUAAAAAAGUUAACGCCAAACUUUGUUACAAUUUGAUUAGCUUUUGACUGUCGAUAGAGUUCCCGCGGAAAGACUAAUGGACAACCCAGGCUUUUGGGGCUGAAAUAAGCCGGCGUGACUGGAAAUAUGCAGCAGCGUUGGUGGUCCUUAUACUUGCUAGCAAUAUUUAUGUUGGGACUAGACUCAAAGCUUGUCGGUCAAGCUUUUCAACCGGAGUUUGCGGAGCCAUUGACAAAUCUCACAGUACCAAUAGGUCGUGACGCUACAUUCAAAUGUCUAGUCUACAAUCUUGGAGGGUAUAGGGUAGGGUGGGUGAAAGCAGAUACUAAAGCUAUACAGGCAAUUCAUGUUCACGUUAUAACUAAUAAUCAUCGUGUUGGAGUAUCGCAUAACGGCCAAUCUAUUUGGAACCUGCAUAUAAGGAACGUUCAAGAGGAAGACCAAGGCCAGUAUAUGUGCCAGAUCAAUACAGACCCGAUGAAAAGCCAAAUGGCUCACCUGCAAGUCGUGGUACCACCAGAUUUUAUAGCCGAAGAAACUUCUGGUGACAUUAUGGUACCUGAAGGAGGGACCGCAAAAGUUUCCUGCCGCGCUCGUGGUAUGCCCAAGCCAAAUAUAAUCUGGAGAAGAGAAGAUGGUGCCGAGAUAGUUAUUAGAGAUGCUCAAGGCAGUAAAACUAGAGUGGCAACAUAUGACGAAGAAGUUCUGACACUCACAAAAAUCUCCCGUUCGGACAUGGGUGCUUAUUUGUGCAUAGCGAGCAAUGGAAUCCCACCAUCAGUAAGCAAGAGGAUACAAAUCAAAGUACACUUCCAUCCAGUGAUCCAAGUACCAAAUCAGCUGGUGGGUGCGCCGCUGGGCACUGAUGUCACCCUCGAGUGCUAUGUCGAGUCAUCACCCAAGUCCAUUAACUACUGGGUUAGAGAUUCCAAUGAAAUGGUAAUAUCAUCCAGCAAGUAUGAAGUGGUAAACACAGUGAUAAGCUCCUUUGAGAGUCGUAUGGCGUUAACAGUACGGCACCUGACAUCGACUGACGUAGGCGGGUACAGAUGCGUUGCGAAAAAUUCACUCGGUGAAGUGGACAGUAUUAUUAGACUUUAUGAAAUACCUGGACCGACGAUUAAAAAUACAAGUCCAGCAAAUCAAAAAGAAGAUUACAAGUAUUCUACACCAAUUGAAGGACCCGACAAUCAAUUUGGUUCGGCAGAUCGAUCAGACGAUGAAGACGAUAGAGAAGUAGCACUAGAAGUAUCAGAUAAACCAUUAACUACACAUAAAAUCGAUAAUGCUACUAUAAAAAAUCGUACAAUUAGUUACUCAAAUUCUGUAAACGACCAAAAACUAAGUAAUAAAGUUCGUAAAAUUAUUAAUAAAUUUGAAAUAGUCGAAGAGUCUGAUGUAAGUGGUAAUAGCAAAUUUUAUUCUAAAAUAUCGUUAAUUAUUGCAUUAGUAUUAAUAAAUUUAGAUUUAACAUAAAAAUAAAAUGGAUAUAUUAAGGUAUACAGGGUUUCAGGGAAAUCACUGCUAUCCUCUAAAGAGAUAGAAGUAAAAGAACAUAUAAAACAUAAAUGAUAUACACAAAGAAAAAAAAAAAUAACUACGUUUAUUCGUUAAUAAAAAAUAUAUUUACAUAAAAAUAAUGUUACUCGUUGGUAAACACAUUACUUUAAAAAGUCUAAAAAUAUAUUUUUUUUUUUAAUUUGGAUUUUUGUUUGAAAUAUUCAGAAAAGUAAAAAAAAUGAUGAAGUAUUAUAAAUAUUUAUAAUCUAUUUUUCACGAAUUCAUUAACUGGCAGCAUGUACAACGAUAUGCUUAUUUUAAAAUAUUUUUGCCUUUUUCUAAUAAAAUUUCAAUUAUUAAUUAAUUACAUUUUCUUCUGCUGUUUUCUUGUAACUAUUACUUCAGAGGAUUUCCCUUAAAGACUGUAUAUUAUUCAUUCUUGCUUACUACUUAUUCCUAAAUCGAUUCUGAAAUAUAUCCCUUCCAUUAUUUACUUUCAAAAUGUAAAGUAUACUUAAAAUCAAUAUCUUCAAAAUAAAAUGUAUUGCAGAUUAUUCGAUCGCUUUCAGAUAUAAUUAAUUGGGCUUUUUGAAGUAGAACAUAAAUUGAUAUUGAUGAGAGACUUCCGUAGAUAUGAAAAUUAAUAUCGACGUUCCAACAUCGUCGUUAGUACUUUAAUAUAAGGUAAAUACUUUUAAUUUACUUAUAUUGAUCAUAUUUCGAUCACUUUGUUACCACUUAAACUAAGUACGUACUUGAAAUUGGUCGAUAUUUUGCUGUAAUGCAGUGCUGUAGUGAUGGAAAGAUAAUACAUAUAUAAGUAAAUUUUGUUUCGUAGCAACCUUUUAACGUCCCACUACCGGACACAGAUUCCAAAAGUGAGGAAAAAGUCCAGGCUGGCCAGAUAGCUUGCUAUAAAAUAAUGUGGUAGUAAUAAAAGUGCGACUAGAUACUUAACCUAUUAAAUUUAGUAACUUCAUACUGACUUCACCUUUAUAUUUAAAAGUGAUAUAUUAUAUUGAUAAACGCAUAAAUUUUACAUUUGUUUGUGAAUUUGUGAAUUUCAAUGACUUACAUAUACAGUGCUCUUAUAUAUAUAACCGACUUUAAAAAGGAGAAAUUCUUAGUUUAACUGUAUUAUCGUGCAAAUUUUUCGCGAUACCAUAGCUAAUUUUGAACCGAAUCAAUUUUGAAUGCUUCUUAUUCAAACGAAAGUAUUUUCUCACAAAUAGAUUCUAUAAAAUUAUUUAAAAUUAGUUUUUUUCUGUGAAGAGUAUCAUUAUAAAAAAAAGUAUAAAAUAGAAACAAAGUAAAAUAAGUACGCUGUAUUUUCAUUAAAAGAAAAUAAAGUAUAUUUCAUUUUGUGUUCACCAUUAUAAAUUCAGAACAUGAAUACUAAAGCUAUUUAUGUGUACUUAAUCGUUUUAUGUCUGUUUUGCGAUGCAAUAAUACCUUUAUUAUUUUUUUAACCUUCAUUACACUAAAUUAAAACAAAAUAACAAAUUAUGGUAUUUCAAAUCAUACAUGUACUAAUAUUUAUUUUGUAUAUUUGUAGAUAUUUUUUUAUUUUGCUGUAUUACUUAGUGGAUUUUAUAUUUAUAGCAUUGAAGUACAAAAAAUGACCAUCAUAGUUAUGUUCAUGAAAUGUAGAUGUAAGGUAUUAAUAUAAAGUAAUAAUAAGUAUAACAUAGUGAAUUAUAUAUGUGAUAUAAUCAGUAAAAUAUAUAGUAAAUGAUUGACUGAAACAUGUGGCAAUAAUUUAAUCGUUGCAUUCCAAGUUUUUCAAAAUCUUUAUAAAUAAUAAUACUUAAUAUCUUUCUCUUCCACCUUUAAUCUUCCUUCUUUCUCUUAUAUGCAAUAUCAUAAUAUAAAUACAUACAUAUGUAUAAUUAAGAUAAUUUAUAAUACUCAUCAUGAAGUUUAUAACAAAAAUAGUUAUAAACUUUUUAUUUUAUUCACGCAAUGUAACCCACAUGUUACGCUAUAAAUAGAUAAAUAUAUUAAAUAUAUAAUAUAAUCAAAAUGUGAAUAUAAAUAAUUAUGUGGUCCAUAUAUCAAAAAGCGCUGUAAAAUAUGAAUAAUAUUAUAUCGAGGUGAAAUAAUUGUGUUAAUUUAAAUAUGUAAUAAAAUGUAAUUAAAAUCCGAUUAUUGUUUUAUUUUUUAAUGUCCUAAUCGAUGUAUAUUAAAAAAAUUAGACACAAACAUAUUUCAACGUGUAUAAAUAUAUCUAUAAUAUAUAAUCACACAUAACAAAUAUAUAUUUUGCAAUUUAAGAUGCAGCUAUUUUCUUCAUUGAAAAAAAAAUACUGAUAAUGAGAAAGUGCCCUCCAUUCUGCUGAAUACAAGAUCUAAAACAUACAAUUACAUUAAAAAGCUUUAAAUCUAUAAUAUUUAUGAAUAUAUUGUAAUUCUAAGUAUAUAAAAAAAAUACUUUUUAUAAGUAAUAAGUUAUAAUCUAAUGGAAAAAAGCUUUUUAACGAUAUGAUAAUGUUAGUAGAAUAACAAUAUAGUUUUUGAAUUCAUCAUUCAAGUUUCCUCGCAUACAGACAUUGAACUUUUCCCUCUCGUACUUCAUUACGAAAUAUCAGUUGGAAGUAUAACAAACAAGCAAACUCAAGUUCCGAAGCCAGGCUGUGGUUUGUUCCAAGUUUCCAGUCCAAUGUGGCGGAUUACCCGACAUCUUAGCUCAUCUUCAUUAUACGGAACUUUGGCAUUUUCACACGCCUGCCUUCUCCCACACGGGCGUGUUU